AUGGCAGCUAUCCGUGAAUACAGAUGUUUUUUGAAAGUUGUAUGUCAAAGAUUUAUGACGAUUUAUUUAUGUUAUACUUUCAGUGAUAUUUCAGAAUUUCAAGACAACGAAUAUGGAAACUGUUUUACAUUCAACCCAUCAACUCAAAACAGAGAAUUGUAUACAACUUCGAAAACUGGCAAACAAAACGGUGUUACACUGAUCCUAUUUGUAGAACAGUCUGAAUAUUUAACAUUAUUAUCUGAAGGCGUCGGAUUUGUGUUAUCUGUACAUAAUCCAAAUAAUCACCCCUUUCCAGAAGAUGAGUCAAUAAGCGUUGUACCUGGAUACGAAACUUCAAUUGGAAUUUCUAUCAGUGAAACCAAACGUUUGGGACAACCAUGGUAUAAUUGUACAAAAGAAGAUAAGACACCUUAUGGCAACUAUCCUUACUCAACUUCGGCCUGCAGGAAAGAGUGUUUACAAACAUUUCUACGUGGCAAAUGUGGAUGUGAAAAUGCCAUAUCAAAAAACGGUUAUAAGAAGUGUAAUAUGUUGAACAAAACGCAAGAUUUGUGCCACCAAAUGAUAAGAUAUUUACAUAAUCAUGGUAAACUAACAUGUAACUGUCCUGAGCCGUGCAGUCGAUACAGCUACAGCAUGACUACGUCCCUGGCAGUUUGGCCAUCAGAUGGCUACUCUGAACGCCUGUUACAUUUGUUGCAUGUAAUGAAUAACAAAACCAAGGCUAUUAAAACAUCGACACUGAGGGGAAACAUCGCCCUUGUCCAAGUGUACAUUGACAGUUUACAUAUUGAGACAGUAUCUCAAGAAAAAGCAUAUGAUAUGUUUGACUUGUUUGCUGACAUUGGUGGCGCCCUUGGACUAUGGAUUGGAAUGUCAGCUGUAACUCUGCUCGAA